AUGCCACUUGAAACUAGGGCCGACAUCAAAGCCCGUAACCUUCGAGCAGAGGACGACUGGACAGUAGUAACAGACCAAGUUGAACGCAAGAGACGACAAAACCGUAUCGCUCAACGCAAACUUCAGCAUCACACUAAAGUGUCUACCACGCAUAUGAUAAAUGCUAAUGCAAUUUUGGCCAAAAUAGGAGAAAGGAACAAGCAACGUCAACAGCAAGAGCAAGAGCAAGAGCAAGAGCGAUAUGCCCGCCAACGAGGCGCGUCCUCUGAACAUAGCAGCCCAUGCUCGCCUGAAAAGUACUCGCCAACGGCAAUGGGGCCAAGCUUCGCACAUGUUAUGCCCUACAAUGACAUUAGCACGGCCGACAUUAUGAAUACUGAUGCACUACACCAACCUACAUCAUGGAAUGAAAGUUCAAUUUGGAUGCCGCGCCUAGCUGAUGCCGCCAUUCAGGGUAACCUUAACACCGUUGAUAAUUCUGUCGUUGGUCCACACACCUCCGGCACGAAUUCAAUUGAAGUGUCUCUCAUGGGGCAGGGAUCAGUGCCCGACACUCCGAUUGAAGAUCCGGGAUCGUUGCCAAGGGAUCUUCAAUCGGGCCCGGGAAGCCAUCAAAAUGAAGCGAGGGAUCAGGGGAACACUGCUUUACAUGAGGCGGUUCUAACUGACCAGUUGUCCAUCGUCCGGCUGCUACUUCAGCGCGGCGCGAAUCCCGAUGCAAUGGGCGAGCAGCAGCAGACGCCUCUGCAUGCGGCGGCGGAGCGUGGAUUCACACAUUCUGUGCAUACCUUGGUUAAUAGCGGAGCAAAGGUCAAUCUUCAUGAUGGGAAAGGACUUACGGCGUUGCAUUUGGCCGCAAGAAAUGGUCAUGGCGAUGUGGUGGCUCUGCUGCUGGAUGCCGGAGCCAAUAUAGAUUAUCAAAUUGUACGAUAA